CGAACCGGGAGGCUGCAUGGGAGAGCCCCGCGAGAACGCCGGUGACUGUCAGCGGCGGCUGCGGCUCGCCGCUCUCCAACCCCAAAUCCCGAGGCAGGCAGUCCACCUUCUGGAGGCAGCAAAACUGUAAGGGGCGGUUGUGCGUGUGUAAAGGUGUGAAAACCCCAAAUGUCGUCAAGUGAUGGAAGGUCCAGGAUUCGGGACAGGGGCUACAGUGAGGUUCCAGGGGACAUUCCUGGUCCAGAUGGUACCAUAAGAACCCUCCAGUCCCUUCAGAGCAGUGAGCUGGCUCUGAGCGCAGAUCCUCUGCCGCCUCCCCCUCUCCCAUUACAGCCACCAUUCGGCCCGAGCUUCUCCUCAGAUGACACAGAGGAACCAGCCAUAGCACCAGACCUCAAGCCCGUAAGGCGCUUUGUCCCUGACUCCUGGAAGAACUUCUUCAGAGGGAAGAAAAAGGAUCCAGAAUGGGAUAAGCCGGUGUCUGAUAUCAGAUACAUCUCGGAUGGUGUGGAGUGCUCACCUCCGGCCUCUCCAGGGAGACCAAACCAUCUCCCACCCGGUUCUUACAAAGAUCCUUCCGGAGGGUCAGAAGGUGCCUUCAGCUCCCAGCGAGGGGCAGACGCCAUGUUUCCCCAGGACCCUUACUCAUCCCUAGACCGACGCACACAGACGGCGCGGACCUACAGCGAGAAGGUGGAGGAGUACAAUCUGCGGUACGCCUACAUGAAGUCGUGGGCAGGCCUGCUGAGAAUUCUGGGUGUGGCCGAACUGCUUCUUGGGGCUGGCGUCUUCGCCUGUGUCACGGCUUACAUCCACAAGGACAACGAGUGGUACAACUUGUUUGGCUAUACACAGCCCUAUGGCACGGCAGGUCUGGGCAGCACAUAUGGGGGUUAUUACUACAGUGGCCCCAAGACGCCUUUCGUACUCGUGGUGGCUGGAUUGGCUUGGAUCGCCACUAUUAUUAUUCUGGUGCUGGGCAUGUCCAUGUAUUACCGCACCAUUCUUCUGGACUCUAACUGGUGGCCCCUGACGGAGUUUGGCGUGAACGUUGCCUUGUUUAUCCUGUACAUGGCCGCAGCCAUUGUCUAUGUGAAUGACACCAACAGAGGUGGACUCUGCUACUAUCCAUUAUUUAACACGCCCAUGAAUGCAGUGUUCUGCCGGGUAGAAGGAGGUCAGAUCGCUGCAAUGAUCUUCCUGUUUGUCACCAUGAUAGUGUAUCUCCUCAGCGCCCUGGUCUGUCUAAAGCUCUGGCGGCAUGAGGCAGCCCGGAGGCAUCGGGAAUUCAUGGAACAGCGGGAGAUAAAUGACCCAUCGUUGCCAUCAAAAAGGAGAAUGUGCGAAGUAGCCACCAGUGAUAGACAGAGAGACCAAGAAGUUAAUUUCAAAGAGCCGAGAACAGUGAAAACGACACCUGAGCUUCAAAGCGGGCACAUCCCUCCGGGCUACAUUCCCAAGCCCAUCGUGAUGCCUGACUACGUGGCAAAAUAUCCUGUGAUUCGGACGGAUGAUGAUCGAGAACGUUACAAAGCUGUGUUCCAAGACCAGUUCUCAGAGUACAAAGAGCUGUCUGCGGAAGUGCAGGCCAUCCUGAGGAAGUUCGAGGAGCUGGAUGUGGUGAUGAGCAGGUUGCCACGGCACGCUGAAAACCCCCAGGAACACGAGAGAAUUUCAAGAAUCCAUGAAGAGUUUAGGAAGAAAAAGAAUGACCCUUCAUUUCUGGAAAAGAAGGAGCGUUGUGAUUACCUCAAGAACAAACUCACUCACAUAAAGCAAAGAAUUCAAGAGUACGAUAAAGUAAUGAAUUGGGAUACGCAAGGUUACUCUUAGCCCGUUGGGAACUGUUUAUAGCCAACUGUUUCUUCACUGCCUUUAUAUGCUGGCCUCAUAGGUGAGAAGCGGGCUCUUCCAGGUCAGCCUCUGCUUGGUUUAACAUCUGAGGUUAAACGCUGUGAUUUUACUCAGACAUUUCAAACCCACCGAGAGCCUUUCCUGAGACUGGAGAGACCGUGUAUUCACCUGGUUCCAGUUCCAUGUUUUUCUCGUUAAAAUGUGUUGUCGUUUUAGAUAUCAAUCACUGGGGAGGGGCAAGCUCAGGACUUCAGUUCUGAUGCUUUUUCCUUCAUUCAGGCUGCUUCCUUCAGUUUCUCUAGGAAUUUCUCCUCCUAAGAGAAGUUCUUAGGAGGUUCUGCCUAGGGAAGUCACGAGGACUUAAAGCCAAGAUCGAUUGUCACGCACUGUGAUCUUGGGCAACUCGAUUAAGCCUCUGUGCCCUUUGCUCCUGUAAGAUGGAAGUAGGAUGGUACCUACCUCAUAGGGCAGUCAGAGCCUGCCACAGUGUAAGCAGCGCAUCCGUGCGGGGAGUGCUGUGGGCGUGUUGCUGAAUGGGUGAGCUACCUAGGAUGAGUCUCAAGGAAACAGUCUUUAACCAGCGGUUAACCAAAGGCCACGUGCCCCAUAGUUUGUCUUUGUGCCUUAAGCAGAUGUCUCCCUGUUGUCUGUGACCAUGCAUAUGUCCCCAAGUCCCCUGCCCAGCCUGUCUUGUGCACAUGGGAACGACACCUUGUAUUGACUUGGUUCCCUCCAUGAUUCAUUAGCACACUUCAUCUUACCAAGGAACUCCUGGUUGAUGUUUUAUUCAUCAGAAAAUUUUACCAUGUUUUUUUUUUUUUUUUUAAAGAAAUUGUCGACAGGCAGUGGUUGAGGAUUUUCCUGGCAGGCUUAGAUGAAACCCUGAUUCCUAGUACCGUGGUGGUGUGCAGGCCCUUAAUCCCAGCACUUGGGAGGCAGAGGCAGGUGGAUCUCUGAGUUCAAGGCCAGUGUGGUCUACAAGAGUUCCAGAACAGGCUUCAAAGCUACUGAGAAACCCUGCCUCAAAAAACAAAUAAAUAAAUAAAAUUUUUAAGAUGCUGGAGGUGUAGCUCAGUUGAUAGAGCAGCUGCCCAGCCUGCGUGAAGAUUCAGUCCCAUCUCUGCAUAAACCAUGAUUGUGUUUAACGCCUGGGAGGCAGGAAGAUAAGGAGUUCAAAGUCAACCUUUGCCCGCAGUGAGGUCGAGUUCAAGGCCAGCCUGGACAAUGUGAAGUCCUGUCUUGAAAAAUAAAAAUAAAUUAAAAAAAUUAAGAUGGGGAAGAUAAAAACACUACUUCUGGUUUCUUUCUAUUCAGCAGGAUCUAGCCAAUUGUUUCCCUGAUAGAAAUAUGGUUUCUGCCUCAUAUAUAGCUUCCAUUCAGAUAAUUGAUUAAUGUCCAAAGGAUUUUACAUAGUGGAGAAACCAGAGUAACACAUGGAACAGGCAGAGGCCCAGAAAGUUCCAGCUUCUAAAUGACCUAACGUGUCUUUCUGAGUGACUGGCACUACAUCCGCGAAUUCAAAUAAGUAAAUAAAACGAUAAAACGUGGUGGUGUGUGCACACUGUCCUAGCGCUCAGCAGCGGAGGCAGAAGGAUGUCAGGUUCAAAGCCAACUUGGGCUACAAAGCAAGACUCUGUUGUUUUGUUUUGUUUUGUUUUUAAAUGUGAGAUAUUCUCAUUUUGUACAUUUAAAAAUAUCUAGCUCAACAUUAAAAUUAAAUAAGGACAUUUAACUUUGUGAAACUUUAUUUUACUGUAUUAUAAAUGUUAAUCUUUUAAGACUGAUGCUGUAGAACUGAUUCUUUUUUAGUGUUAUAUAAAUGCAUAGUUGCAUUAAAAUGUCAAUUACCUGCUA